CUGCCAUCACCGGGUGUAGAGUCACUUCUAGUUUCCGCGAAACACUGGAUCAUUGCUUAACCUCCGUUCUCUUCUGUCAUUCAUUCUCAUUCCCCUGAUCCAGAUAUCCGACGACUCAGCGAGCGACGGGAACUCAAAUCAGCUGACUUCCAAAUCUGUCUCGGAGCUUCCCGGUUGUCUCCGCCGCGUCGGAGGGAGAGAGCACAUCUGCGCCGUUUUGAUUGGGCUAGAUAGUACGCCGCCGCCGCCUCCGCCGCACCGCUUCUCUGCUGCUGCCACUGUCUGUGUUUAUGUAAAACGGGAGGCGGACGAAAGAUGGGAGUUUCGGAGAAUACGACGGGGCUGAUAUUGGCAGUGGCGUCCAACGCGUUUAUCGGUUCUAGCUUCAUCCUGAAAAAGAAAGGCCUCAAGCGAGCUGGUGCUUCCGGCACUCGUGCAGGAGUUGGAGGUUAUACUUAUUUACUAGAGCCACUAUGGUGGGUUGGCAUGGUUACCAUGAUUCUUGGGGAGGUUGCAAAUUUUGUGGCUUACGUUUAUGCUCCUGCUGUUCUAGUGACUCCCCUUGGGGCACUAAGUAUAAUAAUCAGUGCAAUUUUAGCUCAUUUUAUGCUGAAUGAAAGACUGCCUAGAAUGGGUGUUCUUGGCUGCGUUUCAUGCAUUGUUGGAUCAGUAGUAAUCGUUCUUCAUGCACCUCAAGAGCAACCUUUAAAUUCUGUAGAAGAAGUAUGGAACCUGGCAACUCAGCCAGCUUUUUUGAUAUAUGUAGCUGCUACAAUCUCAACAGUGUUAGCUUUGGUUUUACACUUCGAACCCCGAUUUGGUCAAACAAACAUGUUGGUCUACUUAGGAAUAUGCUCCUUGAUGGGCUCGAUCACUGUUGUCAGCAUCAAGGCAAUUGGAAUAGCUAUUAAACUAACACUAGAUGGGAUAAAUCAGAUUGCUUAUCCUCAGACUUGGUUGUUCCUCACAGUAGCAGCGAUAUGUGUCGUCACACAGUUAAAUUAUUUGAACAAGGCACUAGAUACGUAUAAUGCAGCAGUUGUUUCUCCAGUAUACUAUGUCAUGUUCACAACUCUGACCAUUGUUGCUAGUGCUAUAAUGUUCAAGGACUGGAAAGGUCAAGAUGCCAGCAGCAUAGCAUCUGAGAUAUGCGGGUUUAUCACUGUUCUUACUGGUACUAUUAUACUUCACUCAACGAGAGAUCAAGAACCUCCUCCUUCUCGAGGGACAGUAACAUGGUAUGUCAGAGGGGAUUCUUUCAAGAACCUGGAUGGGGAGCAUUUACUCAACAUUCACGAAUCCGAAGAACGAUAAUACUACUUCUAACCACCAAUCCCCGAUUCGAGCACUAUGAAAUUAUUGGAUGCAACAUUCAAACCACAAUCUUCUGCCGCUAGAUUUUUCUCAUGUGGAAUACCUUGGAUAUGCAAAGCUGUGGAUGAUGUUUCAUCCCCUUUUGAUGAGGAGCUGACUCUGAUCAACUAGGAAUGAUCAGCCUGACUCCGUGACUCGUGCAAUAGCGCAUGUUGGUUCCAGGAAACAAAGGUCGACCUACAUCAGCUUCUCAUCUCGGACCAUAUUGUAGGUACAGUGAUCAUUCUUGUGCAGUAGUUUUGGGCUGGCUGGCUUCUAUUUACCAUUGAGAGUUGUUUUGAUUCCUUUUUUAUUGGUUGCCUCUGUUGUUGUUGGUGUGUAUCAUUUGUAUGUCGACAACAACGAAAGCCGUUCCAAUCUGUAGUUCUAGAGCUCAUUAGUUAGUCUUAGUUGUAUGUUUCCUGAAGCAUAUUUGAAAGGAAUGAAAUUACUUGGGUAACCGCCUUCAUUUGCGUGGAACGCAAGCAACAAAGGUCAAAGGAUAUAUCCCCAAUUGCAUUAUUUAUUCUUGUACCUUUCCAGGAUGUUGUAAAACAUAACGUAGC